ACCCCCGAGCGGCCGAUGGUGGUGGCGGUAAGGGCGGAUUUGCUCAGUGCAGCUACCUGGGGGUGUCUGCAGCACUAUGGCUAUCUCGCCAUUUCACUAUCAACGAUUUCGCUCGUUUCUCCUUCUGGUCAACACGUACGCGACCUUGAGUUGGCGAGGAAUCUCUUGGGGUCACCUGGCAUCAUCCCCAUUGUUCUGAAAUGCGCCGGAGACUUCGUCAGACUGACGAUGUCGUCGAAGCGAAAGUCGCUACCGACGAAGGUCUUAGAUUCCUACAGUGACGCCAGGGAGAUGCUGGUGGAAGACGCACCUCCUCUUGUAUCUACAACCGCCGGCGACUCCGACAAUUCUGCUGCCGGUUCCGAAUUCAGCUACAGCGGCUGUGACGACGCAACUAUCGGCAUGUCUCCUGCAAGGUGGUCCGAUUCGGAAGCGGCGGCCACCGCGGCAGCAGGUGAGGCUAAGAGAAGCCGGCGUGAGAGUUCCGCCGAUUCUGAAGAUCUUGCCCAACAUUUGCACCCGUUUGCCAACCCAUUCUUCCAGGCGAGGUUACAAGAAGCAAGACUUCAGCAAGAACACGCGCGGCUUAUACAUGAAGCAGCAGCAGCUAGGCACGAACAACAACAGCAACAACAACAACAGCAGCAGCAGCAGCAACAACAACAACAGCAGCAACUGCAGCAUCAUCUUCAACAGCAGCAGCAGCAGCAUCUACAGCAACACCUCCAACAACAACAACAACAACAACAACAGCACCAGCAAAGGGCUUCCCUGUCGCCCCUGUCGGAGGCGGAAAGAGGAGGACUUCUGGCUAACGCUGCAAGAAAGUCAAUGGACGAUGUCCUCAAGAGACUGACCUCCAAGAUGAGCCACAGUACGAUCGAUGACGCCGAGAGAAGCAAACGAGAACGAGAAAAUAACAAACCACCUGAAGUCCGGACAGCUUCCCCAAGCUCCCCAGUAACAAGUAGUGGUGGUGGAGGAGGUCCACUCGGGGACCCUCUCGCCUCCAUGAGCCAGCUCCUGACGGCAGAUCCGGAGGCCCUUCAGAACCAGGAGAAACGGAUUACCGAAAUCAUAAGUCAGCUUCAGAAGCUGAGAGAUUCUAUCAGGCAGCAGCAACCACAAGAGCCACAACAUGAUAAGGUGGCUAGUGAACAGGAAGCUGCAUUACAAAUGCAGCAAGAAGCUCUAAGGAGACAUCAGGAGACGCUCCAACUUCUACAGCAUCAUAACACCCUCAAGACAAUACAGAGCCAACUCUACGGACAGUACGGUGCCAAUAAAGGCUUGGGGGGACUGCAGCCCCCUCACAACCUAAUGUUUUUGCCUCUUUUGGAGGGUUUGCGAGGAGGAAGCCACGGAGCUCCACCAGCGCCUCCCGCUUUACCCCCUAUUUCCCCGCCACAUGAAGCGGCCAUUACGAAAUUACCUCCAGUAUCAGUAUCAGCAUCGGUACCAGCCUGGAUGUCGGCAUCUGCUCAGCUAGCGCAGCUCUCCCAAAACUCCUCCCACACAACCCAUACGCCAGCUCAGGCGCCCACUUCAGGUCACGAACAACACGAAGAGAAGCCCCUGAACCUUACAAAACCCAAAGAAGCCAGCCCAAAGCCAAGUGAUUUGACGGGACUGUCCCCUCCCAAGGGCCCAGGACUACCUCCGGCUUUGGUUCCUCACUCCUUCUUGCCGUACAUGACUCCCCCAUUUCCAGGCAUACCAGAUCACAAGGAUAUCCUUGGAGGCUUAGGACAGAGCCUAGGACAAGGGCUCGGGCAGAGUUUAGGUCAAGGUCUUGGACAAAGCUUGGGACAGAAUCUAGGGCAAGGUCUCGGCUCUUUGCCUUCUCCCACCAUGGGCGGAGGACUCCCAGGCAAGCAUUACCCUCCACCAGCCUUUCCCCCAAUGUACCUUCCACCUUCUUCAAUACCUUCCUCUUUGCCCCCACACCUGACCCCCAUCGGGGGAGGGCUAUCUCUUCCUAAUGCCACACCCCUCACCUCCCUCACUUCCCUAGGUGGAAGUGUCGGUUGUAUCACCUCGGUUACUCCUUCAUCACCACACACCACACAAGACAAACAAAAAGAGGAGGAUUACGUUACCACCUGCCAGACAGCGAAGAUGUUCGGUGCAAAAAUCAUCCGUCAAACACGCAAAGAAGGAGAUCAAAAGCCCCAUAUCAAGCGGCCUAUGAAUGCUUUCAUGGUAUGGGCUAGAGACGAGAGACGUAAGAUCCUCAAAGCAUGCCCGGAUAUGCACAACUCCUCCAUCUCAAAGAUUCUCGGCUCUAGGUGGAAGUCCAUGUCAAACUCAGAAAAGCAGCCCUACUAUGAAGAGCAGUCACGGCUUUCCAAGUUACACAUGGAGAAACAUCCUGAUUACCGCUACAGACCACGUCCUAAACGAACUUGCAUUGUAGAUGGGAAGAAAAUGCGUAUUUCAGAGUACAAAGCUCUAAUGAGGCAGAAAAGAGAUGAAAUGCGCACAAUGUACUUCAGAGACAAUGGCCUUUCUGAUCUUGCUAAAUUGCUUCCCCCCGGAAGUGACCCAUUAAAGAGUGACUUCAUGAAAUCCAGCCUUUUCAAGGAUGACCUCCUGAAGAAAGACUUGCUUAGCGCUGAUAUGCUUAGUGUCGAUUCUCACGGUGACCCGCCUUCCAGUCGCAGUGGUGACCUUCCUUCUGUAACGACACCAACCUCGGAGUUCAGUCUUGACGGAUCUGCGUCACCUUCCCCGGGAGCUCCAGCUUCAUCAACUUCAGACCUAGAAGAUCACAUGGACGAAGAUUAUACCUCUUCCACGGACCUCACAGGGCAUGAUGAAUCCAAAGAGAGCCAGCCGCUAACAAUAGAUGAGCGGCUGGCGUGAAAUUUCUCUUAUGCAUGCCCAAGAAAUUCGAACGCCGCCAUCUAUGAACAACAAUUGCUUGGGCAUCUAUCAUCAGCUUCUUUGGACUUUACGACCCUCCCCGCAGUUCCUCCACAUACACAGCAAACGCCCUUUCCUUAUUAUUAUAGUGGAAAUUUUCCAAAAGACCCUUUCCACCUUUCUCUUGAAGCAAUAGGCCGUAUCAAUAAUAUAUAAAUAUUCCCGUGUGUUGCUCGAAGCCAGUAAGUAUACUGAUCUGCAAAUAAGACAUGAAGGAAGCUUCCUUUACACACAGAGGCUAAUUUCCUUUGAAAAUAUACGGGAGAACCUGCAAGUACCAAAUCUGUGAGUCGAGGUUACCUCUGGAGAACCCUCUCGGGAUAAAAUUAAAUCUCAAAGGAAGGGAUAUAUAUGGUGAAAUCAAGUGGACACUGUUAAGACAAGUGGCACAUCAAAAGUUAUAUAUAUUAUCCUCGGUGAACUAUACUUUGUGCAUAGAAUAUAUAUAAACUUACAUAAUACGAAAAGGAGACUUGUAUAGUAUCGCGGAUUUUGUGUGUGUGUGAUUGUGUGGAUUCAAUAUCUACAGGAGUAGCAAGUGAUCUCCUCUUUAUUGCAAAAACUUGUGUACCAAAAUAACUAGGAAGAUAAUUCCUCCAAUGGAGAGUUUCUUUCUAGGAAUGAGACUUGAAUGACGCUUAUAAUACAAUUCAAUUCUGUUUAACUAGAACGAGAACGCCUGCAUUCAAACGUUUUUUCAAGUGUUUUGUUCAUUCUCCUGUAAGAGAAAAUGGUUACAGGUGUACCUCUUGUAGAUCACCCUGCGUUUGAAUCUCUUUGAAAGGAUAUUAGUCUUGUUCAGGACAUUUUGUUCCUAAUACUAUUUUGAAUCUGAUGUAAAUAAAAGGAGGGUUUCAGUAGCAAAAAUACCUAGAAAAUCCGAACUGAAAUAUACAAUUUGAGCCAAUGGCGAUGGAUCUCUUGGCACAAAAGUUUUAAGGUGAGACGUCAAUAAUUUUAUAUUUUUCUUUCAUAGCCCAAGAAUCUUUACAUAGUCUCGUGUCUGCGCUAAUUAACUCAUUUUCUCGUAUUUGGAUGGUUAAGCGCAGGUAAAACCUGUUAUGCAGUUGGUGUUUCUUAUAUUUUGGAUAGGUAAUACAUCCUUAAAGCUACCAAAUAUUGACCCUCUUGAUGCGAUAUUUGACUUGAACUUCAUUCAUGUCGAGGUUUUAUUAAAACAGAACAAACACUCCGUGUUUGCUUUCUUUUUCUUCUCGUUUAUUUCACAAGGGAAAGUCCUUUUCCCCUUUUCAAUAGAAUUCCAUAAGCCUUAUUUACUAGCUUUGUGAAGUCACGGUGAACGCUUGUACAUAAUGAAUGCGAUCUGACGAUUGGUUGGUAACCAUGACGGAAACCGUGACAUCAUUCUGACAAGGGGAUGCAAUUGGUUUUUGGAUGAAAGCCAAGCGUGACUCAAGGUGCCUCCGUAUCUUUUUGCAAAGUGCCAGGUUAACUGGUAGGAAGGGCCACCACUCAAGAGUUUCGAGUCUUAUAUUAACAUCAUUAAACUUCAACAUUAACACUCUUUAAAUAUGAAGUACAAAAAAAUAUUAGUUAUACAUUUAAACUAGGGCCUGUAAUUCCACGAAUGUUUGUUAAGAGAUUUAAUGUUUUCUGAAUAUCAAUUUCUUUUCACUUUUCUCUUUCCGAACUAAAACAUCCACUAUGACCAUGUUUGCAAAUAAAUGUGUUAGACAAACACACAAGACAAACUUACUGAGUACACAUUUGGUUCUUAUCCAAGACUAGUUUAUCUCUAACCAAAGUUAUUCUUGCUAGAAAGUUAUUGUGCCCUAACUGAUUUAUGCUGAAAGAGUGAGUUAUUAUGUCGUGGUCUAACAAAGGAGUGUACCCACAUUAAAGUUUUGUAUACUCGUGGAAAAACGAACUGUGUAUAAAUUGUUACGUUUUCUAUUCUUCAACAAGGAAAGUUGUGCAAAAUCCAGAAAAUUUCUAGUUUGUUUCUGGUUCAUUUUUAUGCAAACUGAAACGAGGUAUCAAAAAUACUAAUUUUUCUCAUAUUUUGAAAAUUGUACUUUUGAGGAACACCGAUCACGGCAAGGAUGUGAAUACAUUUAAUAAUUUGUUCACGUAACGUUUACCUCUGUGAUAUAAGUAUGCCAAAUUAGCCAACUGGUGACUUGAGUUGUAAAUAAUGGAUACUGUUGUAUUUUUUACUUUAAAACAUUUGAGUGCACUCCACGACUUUUUUUUUUUUAACAGUAAAAGAAAAUCACACCAAAUAUAUUGUGCUCUUUCGGGGUGCUUCCGUUAUGGGCUAAUGUAAAAUAUAGUAGGGAUCCGCUAUAUAGAUGUAAUAUAUAUAAAUAAAUAUAUAUGUAAUAUGUGUUUAGGGGGGUUAAUUCACAUGACAGUUUUUAUGCACGUGUUCCCACUCCCUCUCUCGAUUUCCAUACCCCCUGCUGUCACCUCCCCUCUUCCUCUACUUAUAACAAUCUCUCUCUCUCUCUCUCUCUCUCUCUCUCUCUCUCUCUCUCUCUCUCUCUCUCGUAAAAACUUUCUGUUAAACUUGGUAUAUGCAUUUUAUUAGGUGAAAACCGCUGUUCUACGAUAGCUGUUACAAAAUCAUUCAGAAAAUUCAAAUUCAUCAUGCACGUUAUAUAGAACCACGCCAAUCACUCUUUAAUGAUUUAAUAUUGAAUCCUUUAAUAUCCACUAAAAUACGCGCUAAAGAUACAUUACACCCUUAAAAUUUUAGUAAUAUUAGUUCAGCAAAACUAUUCUUUUGUUAAAAUUCCUGAGGAUAAAAUUUUCACCUGGUUUAGUGCACAAUCUUCUCUACUCUGACUGUGCUAACCUUAUCCUGUCCCUCCUCUUUUGACACUUGUAAUAAUGCUAAGUCCAAAAAUGGCAAGCAGAAUUUACAAGAAGAAUUAAUAAUUUGCAAGUUGUAUUCAUUCUAGAUAAAUGUUCCAGUACAGACACGCAGCUCUGCUCUGCUGUUAGUUUUUAUUUGUAUAUUAUAAUUAUUAUUGUUGUUAUCACCACUCUCUUUGUUGCACACUAUGAAGAAUAUGUAAAUAAUUAUGUUUCUUAUACCAUUCUGCACAAGACUCUCGUGUCUGAAAUCAGAUCCCAGUCCUUCUUCUUCCAUUCUCCUUUGAGGCAUACCUAGUUCACCGCCCUUUCCCAGGGAUGAACUUCCCUGCAAGUUCUUUCACUAAGUCUAAUUCGAACCUUGGGCAUUUUUCAUGUACCGCUUUCAGGACUGGUCUCUUUCUCUGUCUGCUUGUCUAUUCAUCUUUCGAUCUCACUUUCUCUUCUACUCUGGACGCUGAUCACCUUCAUAGGCAGAUCAGCUGAUGAAUCACGUGACCCGGCAACGAGGAGAUGAUUAGUCGGCACAGUUCAGCGGCUGGGUUUAAUGCCAUCUUCUCUUAGUAAAAAAAAUCCCGGUCUUUAGCGUUACGUUUCUGAAAUCCUUGGCGUUAGUUACCGAUGCCGCCGAGUGGCGACGUCAAUCAACUUGUCGUUGACCUGUGUAUUAAUAUAUAUAAAUAUAUUCUGAUAAAUCCAGAUUUUAAUAAUCUGGAGGUAUUGUCUAAUGUAUAAGCUAUUUUGUAAGAAGUCUAUCACUAAAUGAACUUAUUUAGAUGAUGAUGAUGUUGAUGAGAUGUAACUACAAAGGUUCAUUUCUUCUUGUUUUGGAGGGAGAUAUUGUUUUGUAAAUCAUUUGGCUCAAAAUACCUUUAUAAUCUAGUCGCUAUGUAUAUGAUAACUGGGAGGGCUUGGAGUACCCAAUUCACUCCUCCUCCUCCUGCUCCUGCUCCUCCUCCUCCUCUUUUUAUCUCCUAUUUAAAAGUGACAUCUAAAUGGAGUAUUCCUAUAGUAGCUAUCUCUUAAUUGGAAUAGGAGUUCUCUAUCCAUUCGGGUAUGCGAUUUGUUGAAAUGGCCCACAUAGAAAAUCACAGUAUGUUUUUUGUCGACGUCAAAAUCACUUCUUUAACGGAGUAAAGUAAUUCAUUGGCUGUCUCUCAGUGAUGUCAUUGUUGGCAGGAGUUUUCUGAUGACGUCAUUAGUAGGAGACAUGUGACUGGCCGCCUACAUGAGACGUCACUCGUGUUACAGCUAUUAGAUAACGAAAUUUGAUGAAAGGACCAAAUUCUGGUGUUUUGUUUGGUUUUGUGUUUGAUGUUGCAGCUAUUCUAAUAUUAUAAGAACAUUUGUCAAUUUGUUAUUUGUUGUGCAGGUUUUAUAAUAAAUGCUACAAGUGG